CCGGUCGAGCCAAUCACAAAAGAAGGACUUGCAUGACUUCAAACUGCGAGAUGAUUACCUCCUAGUACCCUACUGUAUGAUACAAAUGUAAGGUACUGGCUGUACUUUGAAGACUUGCACCUCCGUAUAAAUCGUAUACCGGGCCAUCCUUUUUGAAUGAGACCGUUGACUCGACCUAACUCUUUUUUGGAUCCAAAACCACCUGGGCAGAUUAUUAAACUUCACAGGCAUCAAAAGCAUCCAAGGCAUCAAAAGCCUCAAAGCUUAAUAAGAGCAAAAGAGAGAGACGGGGAAAAAGAGACUGCGGUGUUAGUAUAAUAAUUAGUACGAAGUAGUAUUAAUGUUUCUAUUUCGAUAUAUUAUCACUCGUCAGCGAUUAGGUACUAGGCAUUUUUAUAGCGAGUAAAACCCAAUUGGUUCCUCCUUGGCAGUGUCUCGAACGAACAUCCUUCCUCCGUUCUACCGAUUUUUAGCUCUUAUUGAUGAAUCCAAUCUAAUCUAACUUUGAAGUUUGGCCUCUCUUCUUUCUCAACGUCAACUUUUUCACUCGCAACGUUUACUUAUAUUACUUUUUUUUAUCAAUCAAUCGCAUCACUCACCUCUCCAUCAACACAAUGUCGAACCAAGGUUACUACAACAAUCAACAACCACAAUAUGGUGGUCAACCUCAAUAUCCUCCCAACGCUUAUGGAGGACCACCACCACAACAAGGCUACUAUCAACAAGGCCCUCCACCUCAACAAAUGCAAUAUCAACAACAACCUCCUCCAAAGAGUUCCGGUGGUGGACAAGGUUGUCUCGGUGCUUGUUUCGCAGCUCUCUGUUGUUGUUGCGUAAUGGAAGAAGGAUGUGAGCUCUGUGUUGAAUGUGCCGAAUGUUGUUAGAGCAAAUCGCUGCCAAACCCACGCAUUCUCCGCUACUAUUCAUCCAUAUAAACGCCAUCUCGAAAUUGCCUAAUCCACUGGCGCCUCAGCACAUCUCCAUCUCCAGUAUCGCGAUUCAAUCGAACAGAUCGACGGCCUUAUACUUGCCUAUAAUGUUUUCCCUUCCCGCAAGCCAGCAACGAUACAACGCCCUCUAAAGUCCCAACUCGUUUUCCACAAUCAAAUCACCUUGUUCAUAGAUUCAUAUGAUUGAAGUAACAAAUUCGGCUUUCCCACGCAGUUUCCCUUCCUCUCACAUAUCCCCUUUUUUCAUGUUCUUACAGGUCUGCGUCUCUUUUCAAAUGGACCACAGGCUUUCUGCUUCCAGCUAGUUUUUAAGGGUUGGUUGGUUGGUUAAGAUAAGAUAAUGAAUGACUUUUAUUUAAUAAUUUAUGCGCUAUUGCCUGGGUUUUUGUGAUGUCUGAAUAUAUAUGAUUUGA